AGCGCGCUACUUUAUCGAUCGUGUCAAUGGUUUAUUGAAGCUGUUGUCAUUUUUACAAAUUACGUUAUUUAUCGUGUGUUUUUCGUAUAUUUUAACUGGAAUAAGAUGUCUAAAAUAAAGCUACAGAGUUCCGAUGGAGAAACCUUUGAGGUUGAGAUCGAAAUUGCAAAAUGUUCUGUAACAAUAAAAACUAUGUUGGAAGAUCUUGGAAUGGAUGAAGAUGAGGAGGAAGUUGUUCCAUUACCAAAUGUCAACUCUGCUAUAUUAAGAAAGGUCAUUCAAUGGGCCACAUAUCACAAAGAUGACCCUCCACCACCAGAAGAUGACGAAAACAAAGAAAAAAGAACUGAUGAUAUAUCUUCCUGGGAUGCAGACUUUUUAAAAGUCGACCAGGGAACUUUAUUUGAACUAAUUUUGGCUGCCAACUACCUAGACAUCAAAGGUUUGUUGGAUGUAACUUGCAAAACUGUGGCCAACAUGAUAAAAGGAAAAGCCCCAGAAGAAAUCCGCAAAACUUUCAACAUAAAAAACGACUUUACUGCCUCUGAGGAAGAGCAAGUCAGAAAGGAGAACGAAUGGUGUGAGGAAAAGUAAUUUAAUAAUACAAUAUUUAAAAUUUAACAUUUUAAUGCCUUUUUUCUCAAUACACUUUUAUUAAACGACACAGUAACUGUAUGAUAGGCUUUCUUAUUUUUCAGUGGCAUAUUUUUCACUCAAUUUAACGUGUAGUUGUUCUCAGUAAAGUGUGUUUUAUUUAGUUUAAUGAUUUCUUUUAUUUUGUUAUUUAAUAAACUAUUUUAAUUAAAAAUA